AUGUGCCACUUUCAGGUCUCCUCACACUGCUGGUGUAUUCCAUUUUUUGUCAUAGGGUGCUGGCAGAUUACGGGCCUCCCAUAGCUGCUGCCAGGCCCCUAAUCUGCCAUGGGCCCCUAUACCGCCUCCUCAUGCUGCUGCCAGGUCCAGAGUCUCUCAUGGGUCCCUGUACGGCCUCCCAUUGCUGCUGUCUCCAUCGCCACACUCUGCCAUGUGCCACUUUCAGGUCUCCUCACACUGCUGGUGGUUUCCAUUUUUGUCAUAGGGUGCUGUAUGGCCUCCCAUUGCUGCUGCCUCCACCGCCACACUGUGGCUCCACAUUCUGGUUUUGGCCCCGUGACUGCCCAAAUGAGUGAAGUGUGCGGUGAUUCUAAGAUCGACGGCACUCAUCUGCAUGUCAUACUGCCUGACAGUAUUAUUUCUCUUCCCCAGCAGACUCCAAGGGCAUUUAAAUUAAAGGUACAGUGUUCAGCACUAAUAUUA